UUGCCGUUACUUAACUUCUCAAAACUCGUCAUCAUCUGCAUUCGGAAGCUCUCAAACUUUCUGGAUUUUCAGAAGUUAAAGCCACAAAAACCAAUCUUUCAAUUGUUUCUUUUCUGGGUUGUGAAAAGUUUGAGUCUUUCGGAUAGCCGGGUGUUUGGGAAAUGGAGGUUUCGGUGUUUCGCGGCUCUCAGGCGGCAAUCGGAAAGACCGAGUUGGAGCGAACGGAGCUUGGGUUUUGUGAAUUGAACGGAAAUUUGAAGACCAACGUCUGUUUUGGUCAGAGCACGAGCUGGAAAAAUCCCCGGCUUCAGUUUACUGUGAGGGCCGUACAAUCCGAAACGGUUCGGUCCGGUAAAGUUUCGGGACCUGCCAGAAAAUCAAAACCGAACGAUGGAGUGAGAUUAUUUGUUGGGCUACCUCUAGAUACGGUUUCAGACUGCAACGCGGUGAACCAUGCUAGAGCGAUUGCGGCCGGAUUGAAGGCUCUGAAGCUGUUGGGGGUGGACGGCGUUGAGCUCCCGGUCUGGUGGGGAAUGGUUGAGAAAGAAGCCAUGGGGAAGUAUGAGUGGUCAGGCUAUCUUGCCGUUGCGGAGAUGGUUCAGAAAGCCGGCCUCGAGCUCCAUGUCUCACUCUGCUUCCAUGCUUCUAAACAACCCAAGAUCCCACUCCCUGCGUGGGUAUCUCGCCUUGGCGCGUCCCAGCCUAGUAUCUUUUUCAAGGACCGGUCGGGGCAGCAUUACAAAGAGUGCUUAUCGCUUGCUGUGGAUGAACUUCCUGUACUGAAUGGAAAGACUCCAACCCAAGUUUACCAAGACUUCUGUGAAAGCUUUAAAUCUUCGUUCGAGCCUUUCCUGGGUUCCACAAUCGCGGGCAUCUCAAUGAGCUUAGGACCAGAUGGCGAGCUUCAAUAUCCAUCUCAGCGCCGGCUAGGCAAGAACAAGAUUCCCGGGGUUGGAGAAUUCCAAUGUUAUGAUGAAAACAUGCUUAGCAUUCUUAAGCAACACGCUGAAGCAGCCGGAAACCCUUUGUGGGGUCUUGGUGGUCCUCAUGAUGUUCCUAGCUACGAUCAGUCCCCAAACGCAAACAACUUCUUCAAGGAUGAUGGCGGUUCAUGGGAGUCUCCAUAUGGUGAUUUCUUCCUUUCCUGGUACUCAAACCAGCUUAUUUCUCACGGAGACCGCCUCCUCGACCUUGUCUCUUCAACUUUCAGUGACACUGAAGUGGAAAUUUGUGGCAAGGUCCCGCUAAUGCACUCUUGGUACAAAACAAGGUCUCACCCUUCUGAGCUGACUUCUGGGUUCUAUAACACAUCCUCUAGAGAUGGUUACCAAGCAGUUGCCCAGAUGUUUGCAAGGAAUUCGUGCAAAAUUAUAUUGCCUGGAAUGGACCUAUCGGACGAACAUCAGCCACAGGACUCCCUUUCGAGUCCCGAGUUAUUACUAUCACAAAUUAAAACCGCUUGCAGAAAGCAUGGGGUUGAGAUUUCAGGCCAAAACUCAUCAGUUUCGGGAGCUCGCGAAGGCUUUCAACAGAUAAAGAAGAAUUUGUUGGGAGAGAAUGCAAUCAACCUGUUCACUUAUCAGAGAAUGGGAGCUGAUUUCUUCUCGCCCGAUCAUUUUCCUUCGUUUUCUGAGUUUGUUCGGAGCCUUAACCAACCGCAGCUGCAGUCAGACGAUCUACCAAUUGAAGAAGAAGCUGUUGAGUCCGUACCUACGAAUUCGGAAUCAGUCGUCCGCAUGCAAACCGCUUAAUACAAGUUAGAAUUUGUGGUUGUAUUUUUAUAUAUAAAACUUGUCUCCUAUACGUGUAUCCGACUCAGAAUUGUAUAUAAUUCAAGGUCUUAAAAACACGCUAGGCGCUAGUCGGGCGGGGAUUAGGGCCUAAUGCCUAGGCUCCUAGGUGGACUAGACGGAUUUAAGUAAAUGUAUUAUAUUUCGUGUAAAUAAUUGUGUGUCUAUACUUAAAAUAUAUAUAAUUUUAUCGUAAA